AUGAAGAUUAUUCUGCUAUUGUUGCCGAUCUCGUGGCUGGCUAUGUGCCUGGCGACACCAUUGGAGAAGCUCGACAAGAUUAGCGUGCUCGAGCAGCAGUCUGUGACGCUCACGGAUCGGGCCAAAUACGAGGAAGAGUUGCUUCGAAAGCUUAACUCCAAGUGCUCGCAAAACGACAUGAGCAGCUGCGUGAUGUUGAAGUUGGUUACCUACAUGAACAAGCUACUGAAGAAGGCGUCGAUCGAGCUGACAGACGAUAUCGAGAUCAGAAAAACCAGCCAAGCCUCCGAGGAGGUGAUUACGUUCGAAGCUGGCAGAAGCAACGACGAUGAGUCUGAGGUCCUCGACCUUGUCGCCAACAAGGUGUAUGCCUUCAUCAAGUCUAGAAGUAUCAAAUGGAGAAUUCUACCGGAAGAUGACGUAGUUGUUUCUGCUUCGGAGGAUGAGAACGGAUCGUUGAAUCUUGGCUUGUCCAUCGAAAGGGCGGACAAUAUUCCAGUGCAGGAUGGUCGCGGAAAGAAGAACAAUAACAUGGGUCCGUUGAUCGCGGCGGCGGUACUGAAGAUCGGUCUGAUCGGUGGUCUGGCCUUCAAGGCGCUCGCGUUACUUGUCGGCAAAGCGUUGCUCCUUUCCAAGAUCGCUCUUUUACUGGCCGGUAUAAUCGGUCUGAAGAAACUGUUCUCGCAACAGAAGCACGUGACUUACGAGGUGGUCGCUCAUCCUCAUCACACUUCCAGUCACACGUUGGAUCAUGGACACGGGGACAGCUAUUCCAGCGGCUGGGCCAGAACUUUCCAUGGUCAAGGUCCGAUUUCCGGACAGACAGACGCUCACGAUCUAGCUUACUCGGCGCACGCGAAGUGAGUCGAGGUGUUAGACCCGUGGAUUCGAAUUCGUGGUACCUGAUGACACCGUCUGCUAUCUCUCAGACCUUGUCAGAUCCACUGAUUCUUGCCAACACUCUCUUGCAGUUAGAUUCAGUAUCUAAUUCUUCUCUGUCACUCUUUUUUCUAUCUUCUUCAUUUUUUUUAUUCCUCGUCUCUCGAACUUUACCUUCCUACUUGGUCUAUUCUUCUACCUUUUUCAACGGUGAUCUUCCUUUCUUGACUGUGGACGGACAAUAGACAUAGACGGCAUGCAACACAGUGUACUUUGGACAAAAAGAACUUAAACAAAGAUUUCGACUAUUUAAUGGAUUGCUUAAAAUGACACGAUGGCAUAAUUCGUGUGUAUUUGUCGUUCUAUUGACUUCUAGCGAUGAAUCGCAUACUCACGAACUAUUAGAAAGUCGAAUCACGAUCGUAGAUAACUUACGGACGAACGAGACGCUCCCAUAGAGACGGAAAAUUAUGGACACGCGAAAAAGGACUGCUGCA